ACGGGCUGACGCGAGUGGCUGAGAUGAGAAAUCACCAUUUAGCUUGAUGCUAACUGCCUGGAGCCGAGCACCGAGCUGUUAUGAGAAGAAUAAAGACUGUGUUGAGUAUUUGUUUAUUUGAGUAGGUGCGACGAUGGACCAAUGACACCAAGAAUGGACAUAAGUUAAGGAUGACUGGGGAGAAGAAGAAGAAAAAGCGGCUAAACCGCAGCAUUCUUCUUGCAAAGAAAAUUAUUAUAAAAGAUGGAGGAAGUCCGCAGGGGAUUGGUGAGCCCAGUGUUUACCAUGCUGUGGUGGUCAUCUUCCUGGAGUUUUUUGCAUGGGGUCUCCUUACCACCCCGAUGCUCACGGUUUUACGCCAAACAUUCCCCCGGCACACAUUCCUGAUGAACGGGCUCAUCCAUGGAGUCAAGGGCCUGCUCUCGUUCCUCAGCGCUCCUCUCAUCGGGGCGCUGUCUGACGUUUGGGGGCGAAAGUCUUUUCUGCUGCUAACGGUGUUUUUCACCUGUGCACCCAUCCCACUCAUGAAGAUCAGCCCCUGGUGGUACUUUGCUGUCAUCUCCAUGUCUGGCGUAUUCGCAGUCACUUUCUCUGUCAUUUUCGCCUAUGUGGCCGACAUCACGCAGGAGCACGAGCGAAGUACAGCAUAUGGGCUGGUGUCUGCGACGUUUGCAGGGAGCCUGGUGACUAGUCCUGCUAUUGGGGCAUACCUCUCGGAGAACUAUGGGGACACUUUGGUGGUGAUUUUGGCCACGGCCAUCGCGCUGCUCGACAUCUGCUUCAUCUUGGUGGCGGUCCCCGAAUCACUGCCCGAGAAGAUGAGGCCUGCCUCGUGGGGGGCACCUAUCUCAUGGGAGCAGGCGGACCCUUUCGCUUCUCUGCGUAAAGUGGGCCAGGACUCGACGGUGCUGCUCAUCUGUAUCACAGUGUUUCUGUCCUACCUCCCUGAAGCUGGACAGUACUCCAGCUUCUUCCUCUAUCUCAAACAGGUCAUAGGGUUCACAUCUGAGACUGUGGCUGCCUUUAUUGCUGUGGUGGGGAUCCUCUCCAUAUUGGCACAGACCGUGGUGCUGGGGAUCCUGAUGCGUUCGAUAGGGAAUAAAAACACAAUUCUUUUAGGCCUUGGGUUCCAAAUCCUGCAGCUGGCGUGGUACGGCUUCGGCUCUCAGCCCUGGAUGAUGUGGGCGGCCGGAGCAGUCGCAGCCAUGUCCAGUAUCACCUUCCCGGCCAUCAGCGCCAUUGUGUCCCGCAAUGCCGACCCCGACCAACAGGGUGUGGUGCAGGGGAUGAUCACGGGGAUCCGAGGCCUGUGUAAUGGUUUGGGUCCCGCUCUGUACGGUUUUGUGUUUUACCUUUUCCAUGUGGAGCUCACAGACACCGACGGCUCAGAGAAAGGUGCCAAACCCAACAUGGCCAACCCCACUGACGAGAGUGCCAUCAUCCCGGGCCCUCCGUUCCUGUUUGGGGCCUGCUCUGUGCUGCUCUCCCUCCUGGUAGCGCUGUUCAUCCCGGAGCACACUGGACCAGGCAUGAGACCCGGCGCCUACAAGAAGCACAGCAACGGAGCCCAGAGCCACUCCCACAGCCCUCAGGGGAGCGGCGCAGAGGGCAAAGAACCACUGCUCGAGGACAGUAGUGUAUAACCCCAACCACAGGGGGCGCUCUACUCAAUGCCUCACCCCUGCAGAAACAAGGCCGCGCACAGACUCUAGUGAGGAGGGGGGCUGCCUGUUUAGAAGCAGGGUGAAGACUAUGAUGCUUGAAAUCGCGAGUUUUGGGCCGCGAAGAAAAGACUGAGCCGGACUCUGAUAGUUAUUUAAGAGUGGAGCGUUUAUGCCCCCUACUGGUGCGAAAAGGGACUGCAGCAGUUUGUGUGAGUGGGGUAAAGCAGUUGUUACUAAAUCCCAGUGUAUUUCUUCAUAAUCUUCUGUGGCGCCUGUGUCUAGUCAUUGGGAGUGUAACAAUUUGACAAUAUCUCAACUCGAGUUCAUUGCGAUACGGAAAACCAAUGAGAGAAACCAGUUCAGGGCCAGGUCUGGAUCUGGACCACAUUUUCUAUAAAUACAACACUUCUUUGUCUGAGGUGUGCUGACGAGACCACUUUAAUAGACAGUUUUUCAAUGUUUACUUGCCAUUCUCUAGAUUAGUACAGUUGGGUUGUAUUAUAUUUCUGUCCAAAACCGAAGGCUUGUUGUGAUUCAAGUUUUUAUUCGAGAUACAAUUGUUGCCUUGAAGUGACUUAAACAUUAAUUUGACAUGACCUGUAUGAAGACUGAGGUCUGACGGCUCUGUAUUUAAGCUAUUGCUCCAAUGAGAGCUGUUACAAACGUAUGCCUUUUGUUUCAUACCCCACAUAUCUGUUUAUUUAGGCUUAAAGAAUACAGUUUAUUUGGAAAAACUCACUAUUUUGAGCUAAUCCGCUGCUACUAGCGGAUCAGUUUCAUUUUAACGCACAGUUUUUUCCUGAAAAUUGCACUUGCUGCCAUAGUACAGUAAAUAUAAUGCUAUUUCUAUUCUAUCAUGGUUUAAAACUAAUCAUUUGUUCUUGAAUCUACCUAUCAACAAACUAUACAGACAGAGUUGAUAUCACUUGGUGCAGUUCAGCAGUCUCUCCAGAAGGGGGAGACCUAACAUUAAUACAAGUCUACAAGUCCCUCCACUUGCCCUGAAUGUGACCUAAAGUAGCACUUCAAACUUGCAUAAUAUUAUAAAAAGCAACACCCAAAUCUUUAUCAAUAUUUACUAAACGUGUAGCCAAAACUACAGUUAAGACAAUGUACCUUAUCCUUAUGAAUCAUCUUAUUGCCCAACCAACUCCCUGCCCUUUCAAAUAGCUUGUAAAAGUAUGUUUUGAAUUGACAUACCUUUAUUAUUGCUCAAUGUGUUCACACAGUUGGUGCAGGUGCAAGUGGAGGCAGGAUAUUAUGAUCUUUUACAUUUGGUUUGUCAUAAUGUAGAAUUUCCAAAAUGCCUCAAGUGCAUUUACCGCAAGUACAACCCAACUAAGAAAAACGACUCAAAAAAUCAAUUUAUUUUGGUGCCAAACUUUUCGUUUCAGUUUGUUUUUGUACUGUGUUUGUAUGUGUGUUUAUGAGUGACAUUUUCUCUCUCGUCUUACUUUCUUUGGCUACUUUUUUAUAGCUUUUAAUUUAAUUUACGGUCAUUUAAAAUCUUUGUGACUAGACGGUUAAUAAUUCCAAUGUCUAUUCUCCACAUUGAUUUAAUAAGCAUUUCAUUAUUGCAGAUUAUAAACUCAAUUGGCGCAAAUGAGUUGCAAAAUGUACCAAAUAUCGUAUGUUUUUGCUCUUAAUCCCAAUCCCUGAAACAUGCCAUUAUCAUCAUUAUUAUUAUUAUUUAUAUGGGGGGGCACAAGCAAAUUUGCAAAUAAUUUCUUAAGCUAAUUUUUGUUUCUUUUUUACCAUUGCAACUUAAACAAUGUACAAAACCAUCUAUACUUGCAAAUGUAUAUAAUUUAUGCUCCCAAUGGCCAGUUCUGUGUCAGUUUAAAUGGGACAGAUAUCUAUAUUUCUGAGGACUCUACCUGCUCUGGCCACUCCUGUUUUUAGUACGUGGUGGUGUGUGGCCUGGACCCCCUCUGUGUGCCUAAAAUUAGCCAAGAAACGACAAAUGGCAACAAAAGUGGUGGUUAUUAUUAUGUACAUAUGGGAAACUAAUGACUAUUUAUUAAAGGUUUAUUGUACAAUGAAA